CUAAGUAGGGAGGUGCGCGUGUACAGUCGUGGCGUUACAUCGCGCGCAAAGAGGCUACGUUGUCCUGACCGCGAGAUAGAGUGGAGUUAACGAUCAUUUCACAAAGAGGCCGGCUGACGGAGCGUACGGGUGUCUCUCCGUCCUUCUCUCCGCCAUUAGGACAGUCAAAAACGCCCAUUAUUCGGAACGUUUGUGUUUGUUGCAGUGUUGUGACUUUCGGGUAGCGCGAAACGCUCCGUCAUGCCGGCGAACGAUUUUCGAGCAGGAUUAAAAAAAUGGGUGCAAGGAGAAGGCACCGUGAAAAGCACUCUCUUAGCCGGAUUGGCGGAGCUGAUUGGUCUAUCCAUGCUGGUAUUUCUAGGAUGCAUGGGUUGCGUGGGAAGCCUCGGCGUUGUACCUCCUCAUCUGCAAAUAGCGCUAACCUUCGGCUUAGCGGUUAUGGUUGUCAUCCAGUGCAUAGGCCACAUCAGCCAGGCUCACAUUAAUCCUGCAGUCACCGUGGCAUCCGUCAUUCUUGGGAAAAAGACUAUUCCCGAAGCUUUAAUUUAUUUGGUAUCGCAAAUAAUAGGCGCUAUUAUUGGCUACGGUAUGCUAAAGGUGGUAACGCCGGAAGAUCAUUUAACAGCCAGUACAGCCGACCAGAGCCAUUUGUUCUGCGUGACCGAUCUACACGCCGAUCUCUCCGCGAUCCAGGGCUUGAUCGUCGAAGGCAUCGCGACCUCUAUUUUAAUAUUCGUGGUGUGCGCCGUGUGGGACGCGAGGAAUGAAAAGAAUGCCGACUCGGUACCAAUCAGAUUCGGUUUUACGGUGGCCGUGCUGGCGCUGACAUUCGGGCCCUACACCGGUUGCAGCAUGAAUCCCGCGAGAUCGUUCGCACCAGCAUUGUGGAACAAUCAAUGGACGCAUCAUUGGAUCUACUGGUUCGGUCCGAUCGGCGGCGCCCUAGUCUCCUCUUUCCUGUACAAAAUUGUUUUCGGUGUUUCCGAUAAGGUUGACGAGGAAGAAAGCGCUCCCGAAGCGGUCGCGCUCAACAGCGUGGAACUCCACAAAACUGAGCAAUCCUAAUUUGGCGAGGUGGGCACGGCUGACGUGACAUGCGGUAAGAAGCUGAAACUCGGUCGAUGCUUUCUCAACGUGAGCAGAUGAAAUUUUUGGAGGAUACGUGGGAUAAGUGCCUUAGAACGCAUGGACAAUUUCGGAUGGCCAGGAUCGCGCAAAGCUCAAAGCUCAAGAGCUUGCAACCUCCACGAGAUGAACAAUUAUCUUCGCCACCGAAUCGUGUGCAUUAUUUCAUUGUCAAUAUAAGCCGACAUGGCAGUUCUCGUACAUGUACAAUCACAAGUCACGCUAGUUAAUUUUAGAAACGCGAUUAUUUGCCAUCGAUGAUGCUUUCGAUAAUGUAGUUUAACGAGAAAUACCAGCAAUCUAAAAAUUAAUAAAAGUCUCUGGAAUAUUGCAGAUUCUUCUCUUAUUUUUCGGAUUGCCGCAUUGUGAGCUUAAAUUAAUAAAAUUUAGACAGAGUGUAAUCAAAUUCAUGUGCCUGAAAUUUUGUUAAUUUUGGAUAUUUAAUUAAAUAUAUGCUCAUUUGAUUAAAGAGGUAGGCUGCCUGGUGAAACUCCUACGCAAUGCGUGAAAGCACCUCGACACAAUGGUUGUCAAGAACAUUUUGCAAUCGCGAUCAAACGUCAAUUGAUACGAAACGUAAACUAAGUUAGAAUAAGCUGUUAUGCCACUUUCUCUUUGUAAUAUAGUGUACAUUCGACUGUUAUAAAUGUCUCGAUUAUCUAGAACUUUACUGUAUAUAUUUCUUCUUUUAAGCUAUACUAUAUACAUGCUAGCUAUACUAUAUACAAUACAUGCUAGAACACAUUUGCUAUUUGGUAAAAAUAAAUAAACGAAUAAACAUAUUAUAAAAAAGAAUAUGCCUAGUCAUAAGAGAUGAUACUUUAACUUUUGUAUUUUGCUUAACGGCGAUUUAAAUUUUACGAAACUGACUUGCGCCAUAUUUUCACUUUCUACGAGUUGUACGCCUGUCGCACGAUUAAUGUAGUCACACAUAACACGAUUAUACACGUUAUAAUACUCUUUCGCGAUAUCGCUCGACAAAUCGUUUUUACGUUAUUCGUUCAAUUAGACAGAGCGGACUAUUUUUUACCUGUGUUUGUUAGUCGCACGAUUUGCCGGAAGCGAAAAUGUCGAUUCCCGGACGGCGAACGGACGAGCCAAUGACAUUUUAUGUGCCUAUUUUUGUUACAUAGGUGCAAUCGUUAUUUCUAUAGUUACGCGUACAUAGUCACUUGAAACUACUACUAUAACGAGAAAAAUGUUUCGUUCGUUGAAAAAAAGGAUCUUUUUCCGCCGAUAUGGCAGCUUUCGACGGAACGACAGUUUCCGAGGCAAAUAAUUACUCUUUCAUUAUUUAUGUACUUUAUCAAAAGACGCAAAUAUAUUUGUAAGUACGAAA